AAUGCUGGUCAUCUCCCGCUCCCGCUAACAACAUGCAAGCCGCCUGUCUACCGUUGGUCAUAGCCGUUGCCCUUGCUGCUGUUAAGGCCGACAAGCUGCAAGGGUCAUCGCUCGUUGCCAGUCAGGCCCUAAGAGUUGCAGUGAAGAAUGCAGAGCCUCUAUUCAACAGGCGAAUUGCCGCGGGUCUCGAAGCGUUACCAGUUAUCCCUAUGACAAAAGCUUCGCAGAUGGCUGGUAACGAUUUAUUCUUCCAGAUAGACUCUGAUACGACCGUUGAAGUGAAGGACGUGCACGUGGUGUCUGCUCCGAUCCUCAAUGUGUCCUCCGUCAGCGCCGACCUCGAGUACUUGAACAUGGCCGUUGAGGGCAACGUUGGCACCAUCAUUGUGGACGGCAACUUCUCCAUCUCAUCGCUUUCCAGCUUCAAGAUAUUACCUCUCGUUAGCGAAGGCAGCUUCAGGUUGGUCUUGGAAUCUGUGACAUUUAAGGGCUAUACUGGUCUGAGAGUGGCUGGUGACAGUUUGCUAUCUGAGAACUACGACAUCGAUUACGUUCCGGCAGCAGUAAUCCUGACAGCACACUACUACACACCUCACGGUCCAGUCAAAACGCAAAUUUCUACACGGUCUUUUGACGAGACUGUGAUUGCCAAGAUAAAGGCCCGUCUUCGCUCCGUCAUGAACAGGCAUAUGAAGAAGCAGUUCGACGCCGUAGCCAGCGAGUUCUCGCUCAAAGAGCUGCUCCUUGAUGACGAGCCCACCAUCACCAGCUUCAUGUUGCACUCUCGUGCUAUGACGGCCAACGUCAACGAAUACGUCGACGCGUUAAUAGCAGAGAUCACCAAGCAGCUGACGAACGCCAACUUGCGUACCAUCAACAUACCCGCUGAAUUGCAUGCGUCCUUCUCCAAGGUGAUCCUGUGGGUCACGUGGCGUGGCUCUUUCACCGCUACGGGAGCCUGGGCUAAGGAUCUCGCCACCAUCCGGAGGACGGGCGACAUGAGCAUCGUAUACGACAAAGGUGUCCUCACAGUCUUCGGCGCCCUUGGACUUGGAAACUUACAGGUUGGCUUCAACCAUUACCACGCAGAGUUCAUGGAUAUCGGGCCUAGCGGCACCGUCAGCGCCACGGUCGGCUCUAACUCUCUCUUCUUCAAGGUCAGCGUCGACAUGAAGGAACUCCAGCAUGCUACGGCCACCAUCGAGGAGCUUUACGUUGAAUACAUUGAUGAUAUUGAUUUGGAAGUGACUGGCCUGGGGAUCCUCAACUGGCUGGUGUCGCAGAUCGCUACGUGGGUGCUGGGUUUCUUCACGGACAGCAUCGCUCCGUUCAUCAACAAGUAUCUGCAGGAUAUUGCCUCCACCAGCGUCUCCUUGGUCAACCCGCUGGACUACUUACAGUGAGGGCGUCAACGGCUCUCUUUCCAGAAAUACACACUGAAGACUUGAAGCCAUACAUCCAGGAAUAAAGUCUGUAAACCAGACGUGCUUCUCAAUUCAACAGUCGUAACGCACACAGUACAGUCCGCCACUCUGCAGAUCACGGUAUCCAUGAUCCAGGCGUGCAGGUUAAGAAAAUGUUUUCUCUGCCUGUUCUGCAUGUUGUAUAAUACUGCUGUAAUGUGAAGUUAAU